UUCAUAAUAAAAAAAGCUCCCAUCUAAAAUCAAAUGUCAUUUGUUUCGGUAUCCGACAUUGAGAAACAGGCCAUGGUGGAGCUCGAACAAAAUGCUCUCGACUAUUACAGAAGUGGGGCGGGGAAAGAGUUAACGCUUGGCUAUAAUCGCGAGGCCUUUAAACGGUUGCGUCUGCGUCCCCGUUGUCUACGCAAUGUUGCACAAUUGGAGACAAGUUGCUCCAUUUGGGGGGAGCACUUCAAGUGGCCACUGGGCAUUGCGCCCGUUGCCAUGCAAAGGAUGGCUCAUCCGGACGGCGAGAAGGGCACAGCGCGAGCUGCAGGAAGCGCUGGAUGCCCGUUCAUUCUGAGCACACUCUCAAACACCCCGUUGGAGGAGGUGGCUGCCGCGGCGCCCGAGACCUGCAAAUGGUUUCAGCUCUACAUCUACAAAGAUCGGGCGCUCACCGAGAGUCUGGUGCGUCGCGCGGAGAGAGCUGACUUCAAGGCUCUCGUCCUGACUGUGGAUGCUCCGAUCUUUGCCCAGCGUCGAGCAGAUGUGCGCAACAAGUUCUGUCUGCCAGCCCACCUGAGUCUGGGCAACUUUCAGGGCGCGCAGUCCAAUGUGGCCUCAUCCACAGGCGACUCGGGCCUGAGCGAGAAUGUGGCCAGCCAGUUUGACUCCACGGUGACCUGGCAGGACAUCAAGUGGCUGAAGCAGCUCACACAACUGCCGAUUGUCCUCAAGGGCAUCCUAACGGCCGAGGAUGCCGAGCUGGCGCGUGAGUUCGGCUGUGCGGGCAUCAUUGUCUCCAAUCAUGGCGGACGCCAACUGGACUCGACCCCAGCCACAAUCGAGGCACUGCCCGAGGUUGUCCGAGCCGUCGGCACUGAUCUAAUCGUCAUGUUGGAUGGCGGCAUUAGGGAGGGCAACGACAUAUUCAAGGCUCUGGCUCUGGGCGCCCAUAUGGUGUUCAUAGGUCGCCCUGCCAUCUGGGCCCUGGCCUGCGAUGGCCAACGUGGCGUGGAGCAUCUCUUGACUCUGCUCAGGAAUGACUUUGACAUCACAAUGGCCCUAACAGGCUGUCCCACUCUAGCCGAUAUACAGUCCUCAAUGGUGGUGCCAGAGUCCACUUACUGGCCAUUUAAAUAAAUAUUCUAUUAACACUUU